CGCGGGGCGGAGAGAUUCCGAGCGACUUGACCUUCCCUGCACGCCGCCGCUGCCCUUCCAGUAGCAGUCGGGGCGCUGCUGGGGGCUCCGUUCAUUAUUGAGGUUUUUCUCUUAAGUGGUGGUUCCUUGGCAUGGACUUUAAAGGCAAAGAUGACAGAUUUUGUUAUUUGGAAGCCUAUCUUACUUUGACAUGUCUUAAGAACUCAAGGUUGACUGGUGCUGCUUGGAUGCACAUCACAAAGGAGGAAUAAACUUGUGUCUACUUUGUAAAAACAGAGAGCUUGAAGAUGCCCCAAAAGCACUCAGCCAGCCACAGAGCAGGAAGCAACAUGGGGUCCUCUGCUGUCACAGUCAGGUGUCCCAGCCUUCCAGACUUCGGCCCCACAUCCUCCUUUAAGCAUAGGGGCCCUCACGAGCUGUCAGAGUCUUGCAGCUUUAGUAAGAAAGAAAAAGACCCAAUGCUAACCUGUGAGCAUCUGGAAACUCCACGUCUAGGUUUCCCUAAUCCUGCAGUAUCUCCCAGUCCAAGAAAGAAGUCUGUGUCCCUAAGGAAGGAAAGGGAGAAAAGCCCAGAACUUUGCGAGACUCCUAAACUCAGAAGGAAAAAAUGCACACUACGCAGGCGGCUAGACUUGACUUUGACUCUUCUGAAGGGGGAUUCUGAUUCACAAAGCAGUUCUCUGGAAAGUAAUAUAAGCCACAGUCUUAGCCUAGAAAAACGUUUGCGAGACAGCACUUCAGGUUUCCCAAAGGACGACAACUUUAGCCCAUUGGUCACCAGCACAGUAAAAACCGAGGAUGCGAUUUCCAGCAGUCAGAACUCAAGGCUACAUUUUUCUCAGCACAAGACUUCCACCAUUGAUGAUUCCAAAGACGACUGUGGCUUAUUUGAAGUGGAAUGUCUGUCUCCAAUAGAAGGCAAUGAUUUUAAAGAUUCUGUCACACACUUUAGUGACAGUGGUUUAAGUGCUAGUGAUGAGAAUACAUGUCCUGAACUUCUGGGCUCAUCUGGUAGUCAAACAACCUAUGGCGCAGACGUGACCACAUCUGUCACUCCGGUAAGUAGUCUCAUAGCAAAAAUCAAAUUUCAUGGAAGCCAAACCCUUGCUUCUUCGGCGGAAGUGAGAGACAGUCUGUCAACACCUGAAGACAGUGGCUUUUGCUCACUUAGCUGGGACAAGUCCGAAGACUUCCUCUCUGACCAAGAGGGCUCUUUCCAAGAACUUCAAAAACAUAGGGGGACCCCCACAGUUGGGGACCUGGUAAGACAACCAAAGCAUCCUGGGAGGUUGAGAAGGCUGCCCACUCUCCAGGAGCAAGGCUCCCAGUCAGAGACUGACGAUGAAAUGCAGGUGGCCCAUCCCAGCGCUGGAGUGAGAGUGGGCACUGCUUCGGGUGUCUUGGAGAGUCAGCAGGGCUCUGAGGAGAAGAGUGGGGAUUUGACUUUAAGCUUUAAGGACCUGUCAAAUACUCCAGCCUUGCAGUUGGUGUGUGAGCUCUUUAUGAAAAGCAAGAGGAAGAGGUUCGAGCAGGCAGAUGACCAGGAGUUCUCCGAGGAGAGGGAGGAGGGGAAAAUCGCCAGGCUGCAGCACGUUCUCGCAGGACUGAUUGGCAAGAAGAUGGGCAUAGAACGGCUGGACAUCCUGACAGAAUUGCAGUAUAGAAACUUGAAGCAUAUCCUAGCUAUGGUUUUAGAUUCCUUGACUGCAGAGAGUUUAUACAGUGCUUGGAAUGUCAGCAGAAACUGGCGUGGAAUUGUGGCUCAGGAUAAAAGGGCAAACAGGAGGAGGAAGCUUUUCAUCGCACAGCUGAAAGCCAAGGCUCAGGGGGCUGCUGUGUUACGUGUCCAGGAUGCUGCCACUCGGCUCCGGCUUCUGAGUCGCUUGGCCUUAAGAUCAGUGCAGGCCCAGGCACCCAAUGGUCAGAACGAGCAGGCACCAGCUCAGUCCCCUUGGGGGGAAGUUCUGACACCGGUAGCAAGCAGUUCCCUCACCCACCUAAGGAGUAAACAGGAGCAGUAUUUGAAGGUUGCCAGGACACUGUUUACUGACGAAGCCUUAAAGCCGUGCCCGAGGUGCCAAUCCCCUGCUAAGUAUCAGCCGCAUAAGAAAAGGGGGCUGUGCAGCCGCCUGGCCUGCGGCUUUGACUUUUGUGUGUUGUGUCUGUGUGCUUAUCAUGGGUCUGAAGACUGUAGAAGAGGGUCAGCAAAGGGGAGAGGUAGCAGAGACGUACUCCCAGGGAGUGCACAAAGCAAGCGGAACUUAAAACGCCUCUGAAGAGACUAAGGAACCACUCCCGCGCUGGCCCGUGUUCUGUCUGACUUAAAAUUAUGACUAUUUUGAACACAUGCAAAUCUUCCCAUUGAUAACAGAUGGUGAUUUAUUUCCUACUUUGUAUAUGUUAUAUUGCACACCAUUGUAUAUUUUCUUUAAAGUGAUGAGUUUUGAAAGAAUUUUAUUUUACCUUGUCAUAUCCCCAUUUUAAUAUUUUGAUGUUUUAAAUAAAGACAUUUUAAGAUUGUUA